GCAAAACACGGUGGAGGACUCUGCUUCAUCGCCGUUUCUCAGGAACAAUCGGAAUUAAGACGACUGAGUGAAAUCCAGAACAUCUUCAGAUACAGACAAGAUCUCUAUUGGAUUAGAUUUGAGUGUCGGAUAGAAGAUCAAGUUCCGAGAAUGGAGGGAAGCCCUCUGAUUCUUGUAUAGAUCCACCCAAAGAUUUGACUGCCUGAUGUUUCUGACCAGCAACAGCUCAUUAGUUUCCUUUCAACGUGUUUAUAACUUAGCCUGAUGGAAGCAGACGACGGAGGGAACAAUUCUAAUCACGCUUCCAAACAACGUUUGCGUUGGACUCAUGAGCUUCAUGAACGUUUCGUUGAUGCCGUUGCUCAACUUGGUGGCCCUGACAGAGCUACACCUAAAGGAGUUCUUAGAGUGAUGGGUGUACAAGGGUUAACUAUUUAUCAUGUCAAGAGUCACUUACAGAAAUAUCGUCUUGCAAAGUAUCUGCCAGAUUCUUCGUCUGAAGGGAAGAAAACCGAUAAGAAAGAAUCUGGAGAUGUGCUUUCUGGUUUGGAUGGUUCACCGGGAACACAGAUUACUGAAGCCCUCAAGUUGCAGAUGGAAGUUCAGAAAAGAUUGCACGAGCAACUAGAAGUGCAAAGACAGCUGCAACUACGGAUAGAAGCACAAGGGAAGUACUUGAAGAAGAUAAUUGAAGAGCAACAGCGACUCAGUGGAACUCUUGGCGAAUCCUCAGGGCCAGUAACAGGCGAAUCAGAUCCUGCAACCCCUGCCCCAACAUCCGAGUUUCCCCUACAGGGUAAAUCUGGCAAAGAAUGUGAGCCAGACAAGAGCCAUUCACUUGAAGAGUCUCAUUCAUCUUACCCUGAGGCACUGACACCAGACUCGGGGUGUCACAUUGGGUCCCAAGACGAGAGCGCUGGAGAAGAGAGAUCAUCAAAGAAGCCUAGGUUGAUGAGAGGAGGUGGAGCUGGAUAUACAUCUGAGAUGGUGGUGGCGCACCCAAUACUAGAAUCAGGCUUGAAUACAGCUGGUUACCAUCAGUCAGACCAUGCUCUCACCUUUGACAAUCCGUCUACAUCAUUGCUAGGGACUGAAAAUGGAUUGGACAAGGUUUCAGGAGACGAUCUAUGAGUUGUCAUCUGUAGUUGAGUGUGUAUCACAUGUAGUUUUGUUGUCUAUCCUUAUUCCUAUUAGUUAGGAGUUUCCACUGCUCUCUAAUUAUAGACACUGCCACGAGCAUGAACAAUGAAUAUAUGUCGUUUUGUUCGGUAAUUUGGUAAAAAUACAACAAAAUUACUUUCUUACAAAACAGUGAA